CCGCCGGCGGCCACGGCCGCGCCGUCGACCUCUCCCGCGUCGAUCUCGACGCCGUCAGCGCCGACUACGCCCUCGACUGCGUCGCCUCCGGCGCGCAGUUUGACGCUUCGGAGGCCACCAGGAGGUACUUCCACGACAGGAGGUACCCGAUCAUGACAAAGUCGCCAUCAAGGAACUCAUAUUUUCUUCUUUCAAGGCCAGAAGCCUCUGGUUCCCCUCCAAACAAAUUAGCACCAGAGAUUGGACUCGUACCACCUUCAGAAGAGAAAUCAAGUAGAACAAGAAAAAAUAGCGAUUCUUCUAGAGUAGCAACUGACCUUCCGGGAGCAUCCAAUGGUAUGAAGGAUGUUAGUUUGGCAGAUAUGUCUCCUCAGAAAGUAAAGGAAAUGGAUAUUCUAUCUCUAGGUUUACCUAGAUUAAGCACAGAAUUGUCCGAUGAUGAUCUAAGAGAAACAGCGUAUGAGGUUCUUCUCGCUUCUCUAUUCGUCAGUGGAAAAAUGAACUUCUCUGAAGAGAAGAGAGAGAAGAAGCCUAAAUUCUUGAAGGGUUUAAGAUCGAAGACUGAGAGGUCUAAUGCAGUACCUCAGAUGGAAAAUUAUUAUACCCAACAUCUUGAUUUGGUCCGAGUACAAAUGGAAAUAUCAGAAUCUAUGGAUAUAUUGGCCAAGAGAGCUUUAAGACAUAUUGGUUCAAAGAUGGUGCAGGGGCAGCUUGACGUGCCUACCAUAUCAUUACAGCUCUUAAGUUCUGUUGGCAAAUUUGAUUUCCCAACAGAAAGACUGCGUGUACAAUGGCAGAGAAGACAGGCAAAUGUUCUAGAAGAAUUACUUUUGUUCUCAGCAUCUCUUGAGUAUAGUAUGAGUGAAACAUUGCGGAUAGUUCUCUCCAAGUUAAAAAAUACAGAGGACUGGGUUGUGAGUGUUCCUGAUGGGCGUAUUGAGGUCUUGACUAUCAUUGAAAGAUACAACACAAGGCUAUCUGCAGCUCCAAAGAAGUUUGGCCUUGAAGGCGAGACCUACCAUUGGACUCGGAGCUACCAUUUUAAUUCUAGGCUAUAUGAGAAACUUCUCUGCAGUGUGUUUGAUAUUCUUGAAGAUGGACAACUUGUAGAGGAGGCCGAUGAAAUACUUGAAACAGUGAAGCUGACCUGGCCUAUAUUGGGCAUCACCCAAAAGUUGCAUGACGUCCUGUAUGCUUGGGUGCUUUUCCAGAAGUUUGCUCAAACCGGGGAAAUUCUUCUACUAAAACAGACAGACCUUCAGAUACAGAAACUUCAGUUACAUAAUGAUGUUAGAGAAACAGAGAUGUAUAUAAACAGCUUUGUUUGUUCUGUUGAAAGUUGUGGCAGCAAUCGGGCUCUAAAUUUGGUGGACAGUGCCAUUCUUAAAAUAAACAUGUGUUGCCGCAGACAACUGGAGAGUUAUCACCUAUACUUCAGUCAGGCUAACUAUUCAAUCUUUGAGAGCAUGCUGAACUUGCUAUUACUUUCUGCGGCAAUACUUACUGAUGAUGAUGAAGAAGCCAUGCUUAUUGAGACCCCGCUUGGCAGUACACCAGAAUCUACGCUGGUCCAUAAACUUGUUGUCAGAUCCAUACAAACUGCAUAUAAGCAUGUCCUAAUUUCAGCACAUGGACAAUCAAAAGCAGAAUCUAAGCAUCCAUUGAUAUUGCUUGCAAGUGAGCUAAAGCUACUAGUGGAGAAAGAAUGCACUACAUUCAGCCUAAUACUUCAGAAAUAUUAUCCUGAAGCUGGAAAAGUAGCACUAGUUGUCUUUCACCUACUGUAUGGCCAACAACUGGAGCUGUUUUUGGAAAGGACGGAUGAUUCAGAAAAUCUGAAAGAGAUACUGGGAGCAUCAAACAAUUUUGAGCUCUGUAUAGCUCAGAAGCUUUACUCAAUGUGCGGGGAAGCUGUUGGGUCUUCAUUGUCCAACUUUCUAAAACCAUACAUGAUCAAUCGUUUUUCUUCACCCAUCAUUCUUCAGUGGCUGCAUGCUCAACAUGAGAAUGUUUUGGAGUGGACAAAACGUACCAUUGAGAUUGAGGAUUGGGUACCUCUAUCAGCUCACCGGAAACUAGCAACAUCUAUGGUUGAAGUCUUCCGGAUUGUGGAGGAGACCAUUGAUCAGUUCUUUAACUCGAGACUGCCUUUGGAUAUUGUGCACCUGCGGAGUCUACUUAUAGGAAUCACUAGCAGCCUUCAAGUCUAUUUGCUUCACAUGGAAAACCAACAAGUUUCUAGAGCUACCCUGCUUCCUACUGCGCCAGUCUUGACACGUUAUGCAGAAUCAAUUAAUCCAUUUGCGAAAAGAAAACUUAUUGAGCCCGCAGUUCGUGAAGAAAAGGUGGUCAAUAAAUUGAACAAUUUAACGGUUCCAAAAUUAUGUGUGAAACUGAACACCCUUCAGUAUAUUAGGGAUCAACUUGAUACCAUAGAAGAGGGGAUCAAACAAUCCUGGGUCGAUGUCCAGUCAGCUGUGGGAUUGCUAGACUAUUUGUCUUAUAUGGCUAGCGAUGGAGUUACCUCGAAAGAUUCACCAUCUGAUGAAUCGAUUGAUGAGUUAUUUACUAUAUUCGAUGAUGUGCGAAGCUCUGCGGUAAAUACAACUGACACAAUCCUGAACUUCAUUGGAACAAGGGCUGUACUCUGGGAUAUGAGGGACUCACUUCUUUUCUCCUUAUAUCGAACUAGCGUUGAAAGUGCACGCAUGGAGAUUUUUAUCCCUACAAUAGAACAAGUUCUUGAUCAAGUGUGUGAUCUAAUUGUUGACGUGUUAAGAGAUGGAGUUGUGCUGAGAGUUUUUCAAGCAUGCAUGGAGGGAUUCAUUUGGGUCCUACUGGAUGGAGGUCCAUCACGCUCAUUUUUGGAAACAGAUGUGGACUUGAUGAAAGCUGAUUUGGCUAUGCUCAAGGAUCUCUUUAUAGCAGAAGGCCAAGGUUUGCUAUCAGAUGUAGUUGAGAAGGAGGCUAAACUAGCUGAGCAGAUUCUAGACCUCUAUGUGCUAAAGGCUGAUACAGUAAUUGAUUUGCUGAUGAAAGCAAGUGAACAUAUGCCACACCAUCUUGAACCUACAACUGCUCGAAGAAGGCAUGCACAUGAUGUCCAUACCCUUCUUCGAGUUUUGUGCCAUAAGAAGGAUAAUAGUGCCUCCACAUUUUUAAGAAUCCAGUAUCAUCUUCCAAGGUCUUCAGAUUAUGACGACGUUCCUGUGAAGGAUGCACCUAAAGUACCUUUAUUUUCUGACAUGCUGAAUAGGGGCUCUUCAUUCAAUUGGUCGGAGACUGGGCAGCAGAGUUAUAAGAUUAUGAAGAAGAAACUACAAGCGGCUAGUUGGCAGUAAGACGUGUCUUGGUUAGAAAGUUCUGCUGGGUUUGCACAUGUUCUUUGCUAGAAAAUUCUGCUGGGUUUGCACAUAUCCUUCGCAUAUCUAUGGGAUAGGUUUGUAAUAAGAAAAUCUGAAGCUGGGUAGCACAUGGAUACAUGCAAAUGAAGGCGAGAAGGAAGGCAGCAUAUGCUAUAAGGUGUCUUUUUAUGCAUAAUGGAUUAAUGCCAUCACAAGUGUCAACCGGCUACUACCUCAUUUGAUGUCACUUGACAUUAAGCAAGAAGCGAGGAAGAAACAAAUAAGCUUUAAUUGGUGAUUUGCGAAGGAGAGCAACUGAACUUUUACCUGAGAUCAUCAUGUUCCAGCUAAAAGAGAUAAGCAUUUGCCCUGGCAAUGAAGAGAAGCAUUACAGGAUUUUCUUAUGGAAAUAUUUUCCUCUGCUUGGUCUUUCCAGAUCAUUACAGGGGGAGAUCUGUAGCAUCGAAAAUGCUAAUACAUUCUCAGAAAGAUUACCAGCACUUAACAGGAAGCGACAAUAGGCUUGGUGGUCUAAAGAUGCCAAAAAGAAAGGCCUGAUCAAAACUUUCCCAGGCCUGAUCUCCCUCAAAACCGAGCUUCUAUAUAUUGUAUUCCCUAAAAUGGUUGAUUCACAGAUAUCAGCCAAUGUACCCAAUAUAAACAUGAUAGUGAAAUUUAUUUACAGAAACUACUGAAAAAAUAUAUUUAUAAAUUUUCUUUUCGUACAUGAAUAGCAAAAUAGCAAAGCAGUGAACAAUCCGAUGUAAAUUAUAUUAAAGUGGAUCCGAUAUAACUGAGAUCUGGAACCCUUGCUUAAAACCUUCUAUAAUUCAUCAUGGUUGGUGUAACAGUGUUCUCUGAACUUUUGGGUUGAUUUUUAUUUUUCACUUGUGUUAUCUGGAAUUUGAAGUCAUUCUUUUCAGGUGCCUCUCUGAUCUAGUUAAAUUUUCACAUCCUAGCCAAG